CGCAAUUCCGACGACAGAAUGAGGCCCGAGCCCACCGAGAGAGACAGGCUGCUGCCGGACACUCGCCAUCGUCCUCAUGGCGAUGGCUACCUCGAUCCAGAUGACCCCGCUGUCUCACCAUACAACCUCUGGACCGUCCGCUUCCUCCGCUACCUCUCCAUCCUCUUCCUCGCCAUCUCCUUCCUCUGGUGGGUGCUCCUCCUCGUGAGCAUCUUCGUCUCCCCGCCCGGCCUCAACACCCGUGGCUCCGGCUUCUUCGACUUUGCUUUCACCUGCCUCACUCUGGGCAUCCUCCUCAACACCCUCAUGUUCUUCUCCGGUCCCAGCUUGGCCAUGCGCAUUACCCAGGGUGUCCUCGCCUUGAUCCUCCUGGUCGAUGUCAUCAUCAUCGUCUCGGUCCCUCGUCUUCGCGCUGAGGAGAGUGCUCCUGGUGUCGCCAGCGCCGUCUGGACCACUCUCAUGGCCACCUUUUGCAUCAUCACCGACCGCACCGUCGCAUGGGGCAAGAAGGAGGAAGAGGAGCGUCUCACCGGCCGUCCCGAGACAAAGCGUACCCUCGUGGAGUGGCUCGCCGUCCUCGCUUCCACCGUCAUCAACGUCGUCUUCAUCCUCAUCACCAUCCUCAUGACCUGCACUCUGGUCAUCCGCAGUCUCGAUGCCGGUCUUAAGAUGGACGGCAAGCGCUACGCUGUCGACAGCCACAAGUACGAAGUCCACUUCUCCUGCUACGGCAAUGCGACCACCGACUCUUCCGGCCACCGCACUCCCACCGUCCUCAUCGAAUCCGCCGAAGAUCCCGUCGAGUACGACUUCGAACACUGGGCCUACAACGCCGUCAAAAACGGCACCAUCGACCGCUACUGCUACUGGGACCGCCCGGGCUACGCUUGGUCCGACAACGCUCCAUCUCCUCACUCCGCGGGCAUGGCCGCCGACAACCUCGCCGAAGUCCUCGCCAUCACCGGCGAAGAAGGUCCCUGGAUCCUCGUCUCCGCUGGAUACGGCAGCAUCGUCUCCCGCAUCUUCUCCGCCCGCAAACCCCGCGACAUUGCCGGAAUCAUGAUGGUCGACCCGCUGCAUGAGGACCUCCUCUACCGCAUGGCAUCUCCCACGCGAGGAUUCCUCCUCUGGGGUUACGGCAUCAUCUCCCCUCUCGGCAUCCGACGAAUCAUUGGCUCCCUCUUUGGUGGCCAGACCAAGGAAGACCGCGUCUACGGCAAGAACAACCAGCAGAGCGGCAAGCGCCUCAAAGCCAUGUUGCAGGAGAACCUCGUCGCCAACUCCUUUACUCGCGCGGACAUCAACACUGCUCGUACGAUCCAAGCGGAGGACACUCCUCUCGUGGUCGUCUCGUCGGGGUACCACGUUUCGAAAGACGAUGAGUGGGCCAACAAGCAGCGUGACUUGACGAAGAUUACCGGCAAGCUCAUCUCCUGGGAUGUCGUCAAGAAGGCGCCGCAUUACGUCUGGCGGACGAUGGAGGGACGGGAUACCAUGGAGAAGAGAUUGGGAGACUUGGUG